CAACCAAUCUCAUUCUCAUCAUCAACUUUCAUCAAACCAAUCAAACCAAUCAACCCAACUCAAACAAUGCCAACUUCAAUACCUUCAACUCCAACUAAAUCUCCAGCACAAGCAGAUCCAAGUUCACCAACAACAGACACUCAAAAGAAAUUCAAAUGGGCACCUAUUCGAGUACCACCACAACGUAGACUUGAAACUUUAGCUGUCUUUUUUUGGACUACUCAACUUUCGAUUUGUAUUGGAUUCUUCUUUCUUUUAAUGUCAAUGCCAAUCUUUUGGCCAAUUUUGAUUCCUUAUGUCAUUUGGAUGCUUUUAAUUGAUCAAGCACCAGAAAAAGGUGGUAGAAAGAUUCAAUCGGUUAGAGAAUGGAAGUUUUGGAAAUUCUUUGCUUCUUAUUUUCCAAUUAGUUUAAUAAAGACUGCUGAUUUACCAAGUGAUCGAAAAUAUGUUUUUGGUUAUCAUCCACAUGGAAUCAUUGGAAUGGGUGCAAUCGCAAAUUUCGCAACAGAUGCCACCGGUUUCUCCAAACUUUUCCCAAACCUAAACCCACAUCUAUUAACUCUCAAAACGAAUUUCCAAAUCCCAUUUUAUCGUGACCUAAUCCUAUCCUUAGGAAUCUGUUCAGUUUCAAUUAAAUCAUGUAUUUCUACACUUAAAUCUAAAAACGAUUUAUCAUUAGAUUACAAAAAUAAUAAAGGUGAAGGUAAUUGUUUGGUGAUUGUUGUUGGGGGGGCUGCUGAAAGUUUAUCUGCUCAUCCUGGUACGGCUGAUCUUACUUUAAAACGUAGACUUGGGUUUAUUAAAUUGGCAAUGAGAGAAGGUGCCGACCUUGUUCCUGUCUUCUCUUUUGGAGAGAAUGAUGUGUAUGCUCAACUAUCUAAUGCUGAAGGAACAGCACUCUAUGCUAUCCAAAAGAAAUUUCAAGCUGUCUUUGGAUUCACGCUACCUGUUUUUCAUGGUCGUGGUGUAUUCAAUUACUCUCUAGGAUUACUUCCUUAUCGACAUCCUAUCGUUUCUGUUGUUGGGAAACCAAUCAGAGUAGAAUUGAAUCCGAAACCAACACUAGAAGAGAUCCAAGUAGUACAAGAGAAAUAUAUUAAUGAACUUACCAAUAUUUGGGAUCAAUAUAAAGAUAUCUAUGCUCCUUAUCGUAAACGUGAAAUGGCUUUAAUUGCUUAAAGAAAAAAGUAAAGAAAAAAACAGUGGUUGACUUUGUUGUUGUUAUAAAAAAGAAAAGUAUGGGGAGAGCAAAAGAAUUGGUGUUUUUGUUUUUGUUUUUUUGUUGUAUUUUGGUCAGUUUGUAUAUUCCCCAUUCCUGCUGCUGCCUCCUCCUCACCCAGUUUUUUAAGAAUAUAAAAUCAAAGUGGUUAUCAUGUUUUUUGAUGAUUAUUAUCAAGAUUUGAAAAGAUAGUAAAAGUUUUUUGGUUUUGGUUUUGGUUUUUGUAGAUAGAUAGAAAUCGUGAUAUUUCUUAUAUUUUUUAUGAACAAAUCUCUUGAUGUUUGUUUAUCUCAUUAUUAUUUUGAUUGAUUUACUAAGAUCCAAAUUUUCUUUUUCUUUUUUUUUCUUUUGUGAUAAAAAGAAAUUUAGUUUUAGGUAGUAAAAAUAUAUAAGUUUUUUUC